AUGGGUAUCCAAAUACAGUUAGUUCCAAUCAUCAUGCUAUGGUUUUGUUAUUCUUCCUGUUAUUGCAACUUGCUAGAGGACCCACUCUCAGCUUUCAAUCACGGGGAGGGGCCCUAUGACUAUUUCGGCAAAAUCAACAAAUUGGGCCAAAUGUCAACUACCAUCCGUUUUGGACGGUCGACCUUGAGUUCCUUGAAGUUUGAUCACAUGGCUAGUCCUAAAUCUUCAGCCACAGUAGUAAAUGUGAAUGAUUUUGGAGCCAAGGGUGAUGGAACAGAUGACACAAAGGCAUUUGAGAAGGCCUGGACCAAGGCUUGCUCAUCAGCUCCUUCUGUUCUUGUGGUGCCCGCAAACAAGAACUACCUUCUCAAACCAAUCACCUUUUCAGGCCCUUGCAGAUCUUCCAUUACAGUGCUGAUCCUUGGAACCAUUGAAGCUCCUUCCCAUCCAUCGGCUUGGGACGGAUUAGAUCAAAAGCAUUGGCUUAGUUUUCAGAAUGUUCAAAAUCUUAGAGUUCAAGGUGGUGGGACCAUUAAUGGAAAUGGAGAGAUGUGGUGGAAGAACUCUUGUAAAAUCAACAAAGCUCUUCCUUGCAAAGACGCGCCAACGGCCUUAACCUUUUAUUCAUGCAACAACUUGAUAGUGAAUGACCUGAAGAUCAAAGACAGCCAACAAAUACAAGUUUCUUUUGAGAGAUGUGUCAAUGUACUAGCUUUCAAUCUCAUGGUAACUGCACCAGAGACAAGCCCUAACACCGACGGCAUUCACAUCACAAAGACCCAAAAUAUUCAGAUCAUGAAUUCUGUCAUCAGAACUGGUGAUGAUUGCAUCUCAAUUGAAAGUGAGUCUCACGUUGUCAAAGUUAUGAAUAUAACCUGUGGGCCAGGCCAUGGGAUCAGUAUCGGCAGUUUAGGAGAUAAAAAGUCAGAAGCCCACGUAUCACAAGUGAUAGUGGAUGGAGCCACCUUGUUCGGAACAACCAAUGGAGUCAGGAUCAAAACCUGGCAGGGAGGAUCUGGAAGUGCAACCAACAUCACAUUCCAAAACAUUGCAAUGCACAAUGUCAGAAGCCCCAUCAUCAUAGACCAAAACUACUGUGACUCCAAGUACACUUGCCCAGAAAAGGGAUCGGCUGUGCAAGUGAGUGAUGUGGUCUACAAGAAUAUCACAGGAACAAGUGCCUCAAAUGAGGCCAUGACAUUUGAUUGUAGCCAGAGCUCUCCAUGCAAUGGAAUAGUAUUACAAGGCAUUAAUCUUGUAGGAGAUGCGGGUAAAAUAACAAGCAGAUCAUGCAAGAAUGUUAGGGGGUCCACCAUUGGGAAGGUUGUCCCACCUUCUUGCUUCUAGAAGAGAUAAGAAUACAUUUGUUAUGUGGGAAAAGAACUGUUUGCACACAUAUCUCCCACCUUCCAAAGAUAGACACGGAUCUGAACUCGCAUUUAAAAAUGGAAACUUGAAACUCCUAAAUGCCAUUCUGAAAUGCAUUUAGGGAUUCCUGCUAACCAUCUUUGGAUGGCGGGGACGUGCGCAUGCUAGCUUCCCCAUUG